AAGCUUUGUUUGCUUCAGGCCUCUUCCUUUUGUGGUUUGGGCGCUGUUUCUGUCCUAAAGAUGGGCUUGGAUUCCAACACAAAACCCAUUAUCAAGUUGGUAAAGCUGGACAAGGCCUUGAAGCUAGCUGAAACAUGGGUGAGUAACAUGAGUGAGUCAAGAACAGAUGAAGUUAACAGAGAUGAAUAUGAGGCUCGACCUCCAGGGUUGGGUUUAGGAGCCAGAGUCAUUCCCAAGGCCACUCCGUUAGCUUCAAAUGAUCGUGCUGGACGUGUCCUGCUUGGAAAGCUUAAUGCACAAAAGAGACAAACUUUGAAAAAUGCAGAAAAGCUAGACAUCACUAAGAAAAUUGAAGCCAGUGAUGAUGAUGAGGAUGAACGCGAAAGCAGAACCUUCUCCUUUUCCAAAAAAAGAGCAACACCACCGGCUACGUCUUUUUCAUCAUCAAAAAGAAAUAAAUGAUCUCUUUUAAGCAGAAGCGCAGAAACUGUGCUGAAAGAAUCUGAGGGGAAUGAUAGGAAAGGAUUCCAAUUGAAUGGCCAUGCAUUAAGAAGCUUGUUUGAACUGUCAGAAGGUGCAUAUUUAUCCAUUUAUGUGUUUGGAAACUUGAAGCCCAGAGUUGAGAGUACUGAAUGUAGAAACACAUUGAAUUGUGAAUGUAAGUUAUUUAAGUAGCAGGGGUGUACUGUCCAAAGUCCAAACAUAAUGUUCAACAGUUUUUCUUGAAUUAUCAAUGAAAACAUUUUAAUGCUCAA